AUGGCAGAGCCAAUUCGAGAUGCCCUGCGUACCAACGAUAUCAUUCCAGAUGUUCUGGAUGAUUUCGAGCCCAAAUUCUCCUUGAACAUCACCUAUCCUUCUACCCAUACGGAAGCAAAGCUCGGGAACAAGAUCCCUAUAACAAAAGCCCAAGAUGCUCCUAGAUAUGAAUUCUCUUCAAUUGGUUCCUCCGAUAGCACAUCCAAUUCCAACCAGGCAUAUACGCUUGUGCUCACAGACCCGGACGCAAAGAGCCGUGAAGAGCCAAUUUGGAGUGAAUUUUGCCACUGGAUUAUGGUAAACGUUUCUAGCACACAAGCAGGUGGCAGGGCGGGCUCUUCCGAAGAAUCGGGUGAGAAAGUCAUUGAAAAGUAUAUGCCUCCUAGUCCACCACAGGGGACUGGGUAUCAUCGGUAUGUCUUUGUUUUGCUUAGGGGUGAUGCUGAGGCGAUAGGAAAAUUCAAAGCUCCGAAGGAGAGGAAGCAGUGGGGAUACGGGAAACAGAGGCAUGGGGUUCGUCAAUGGGCAUCAGAAUAUGGGUUAGACGUGGUUGGGGCAAAUUUCUUUUUUGCAAAACAUGAGUAA